AUGUCCAGGGUCACGGUGAGACUCUGCCAAGAACGAGCAGCAGUGGAUGGGCUUGGAUCCAACAGGAAUGCCGUCAAGUAUUUGAAGCAUGACUAUGAAGCCCUGAAGCAGCAGUGCCUGCAGACCAGCACACUCUAGGAUGAAGAGUUCCCAGCCUGUCCUUCUGCUCUCGGCUACCAGGACCUGGGAUCAUAUUCCUUCAAAUCUCGGGGGAUAAUCUGGAAGCACCCCACGGAGUUAUGUGCCAACCCUCAGUUUAUAAUUGGAGGAGCUACUCAAACAGAUGUCUGCCAAGGAGACCUGGGGGAUUGCUGGCUCCUAACUGCCAUUGCAACUAUCACUUUGAAUACAGAUAUUCUGUUCCGUGUUUUUCCCAAGACUCAGAGUUUCCAGAAGGACUAUGCUGGAAUCUUUCAUUUCCAGUUCUGGCAGUAUGGGGAGAGGGUGGACAUGGUGCUGGAUGACAGGCUGCCCACCAAGAACAGGAAGCUGCUUUUCGUGCACUCAGAGGAAGGCAAUGAGUCCUGGAGCACGCUGCUGGAGAAGGCCUAUGCCAAACUGAAUGGUGCUUAUGAAGCUCUGGCAGGAGGCUCCACUGUGGAGGUCUUUGAGGAUUUUACUGGGGGCAUCUCUGACUCCUAUGAGCUGUGGAGGGCUCAUUCAAACCUCUACCAAAUCAUCCAGAAGGUCCUGAGAGCUGGGUCACUUCUUGGCUGCUCCCUCGAUGUAACUGCUACAGCUGAAAUAGAAGCAAUCACAAGCCUGAAGCUGGUAAAAGGACAUUACUCUAUCACUGGAGCAGAGGAGGUAUAUUACCAAGGACAGCCAGAGAAAGUAGUGAGGCUUAGGAAUCCCUGAGGUGAAGUAGAAUGGACUGGAUCUUGGAGUGAUAAUGGUCAUGAGUGGAAUUAUGUUGAUCCCAAACAAAAACAGGCUCUGGAUAAGCAAGUAGAUGAUGGAGAGUUUUGGAUGGCAUUUUCAGAUUUCCAAAGGCAGUUUAGCCACCUUGAGAUCUGCAAUUUGACUCCUGACACACUGACAAGCAACAAGGUCAACAAAUGGGACCUGACCCUGUUUAAUGGACAGUGGAGAUGGGGUUCAUCUGCUGGGCACUGCCAGAAUUACCCGGCAACAUACUGGACCAAUCCCCAGUUUAAAAUCUGGUUGGAUGAACCAGAUGAUGACCAUGAAGGGAGUUUCAACGAGCCAUGCUGUACCAUUCUGGUGGGCUUGAUGCAGAAGACACAGAGAAUGGGAGAAGGUCUGCUUAGUACUGGUUAUUCACUCUAUCAGAUAAAAUUUAUUCCUCAGGAGCUGGAAAGCAGCACAGAUGUGCACGCAGCAUGUUUCUUUGCAAGGCACCAGCCAGCAGCCUGGACUGAUCCUUAUGUGAACAUGUGUGAGGUUGCUAGCUCUAGCUGCAUGAUGCUGUCCUGGGGACAGUACCUCAUUGUGCCCUCCACCUUUGAGCCCUACAAGAAUGGGGAGUUCUGACUGAGAGUUUUUGCUGAGAAUCAGGCUAAAUCACAAAUGAUGGGUGAUGAGGUGUCUGCAAAGCCAUAUGAGCCUCAUGUUGAUAACAAAAAUAUCGAUGAUUAGUUCAAGACUCUAUUCCAAAAGCUCUCUGGAGAGGACUGUGAAGUGACUGCAACUGAACUUCAAAGGAUCCUGAACUGGUUUUUUGCGAAGAGAAAGGAUGUGAAAAGUGAUAGAUUCAGCAUUAACACUUGCAGGGAGAUGAUCAGCCUUUUAGAUUUCAAUGGGACCAGCACUUUGGGACUUGUAGAAUUCAAGACACUUUGGAUGAAGAUUCAAAAGGAUUUGGCAAUCUAUAAGAAAGUAGACAGUGACUACUCUGGUGCCAUCAACUCCCAUGAGAUGCAAAAUGCCCUCAGAAAGGCAGGUUUCAGACUCAAAGAUGAAGUGCAGCACAGCAUCAUCACCUGCUAUGCCUGCAGCACCAAGCUGACCAUCGACUUUGAUGGCUUUGUGGCCUGCAUGAUCCACCUGGAGACCCUGUUCAAAAUGUUUCAUCUCGUGGACAAAGACAAGAAUGGAGUCAUCCAGAUCUCUCUCCCUCAGUGGCUGUGCUGCACACUGGUUUGA